UUUUGCUUAUCUCUAUUAUCCAAAUUUUAGGAUACCAAAACUAGUUUCUGCAUUCAUCUUGUGAAAAUAGCACGUUAUAGGACUAGAAUGUUAAAUAAUAAACUUGAGGGGUUAUUUGGGAAAUUAGACUAAAGAUGAGAGGCUAAAAGAUAAAUUAACAACAGUUUGCAGCUCUACACACCCUUUAGGGUUUUUUUUCUUGAGGGGAACCAGGCCUUGAGAGAAUCGGAGAGAAAUGGGGUCAAACGAAAGAGAGCAUCAGACGCUGCAGCAUCACCCGCUUCACAUCAGCAGUCUCGUCGUGCGUCCGUCCGGAAGCAACGACGGAGAAGGCGACCGCCACGCCGCCGCCGAAGAUGACUCUCGCGACCGGCCCUCAUUCCCCCGCUCGGAUCGUCAUAAGAGUGACAAUGUGUAUACGUUGAGGCACCAACGAGCUUGUCAUUUCACAUUGUCAGCACUUCACUGUUUUCUAUUGUUCUUACCCCGUCUCCUUCUGCUUGGCAUCUUCUUCUUUUUAUGUUUAGGACAUAGAACUCGUGCAAGUUCUAGCUCACCACUCCGUCGUCCAUAUGAAGAUCACCACCGACACGGCUCUGAUCUUAAUCAUUCAGGAGCUCUACUUCGUGGUGGCCGAGAGUUCAGCAGUAGAAGGGAGUCAUCUGGGAGACACAGAGACUAUUCACCACCCCAUGCUAGAGUUGGAGCUGGAUCUCGUCGCUUUGAUGGGCCUGAACCUGCUCAUGGCCGCUCUUUUAGAAGCGAUGGCAUUGGCAGAAACAAUAAUCAUCCAAAGGUGCAACCAAGAGAUGGAGAUUGGUACUGUCUAGAUCCACUAUGUAGGAACUUGAACUUUGCGAGACGAGAAGUGUGUUUCAAGUGCAAGAGGCGUCGCUAUGCACCUGCCAAUACUCCUGCACCUCCUCGUCUUCUUCCUCCUCCCAUGAAUCUCUCCCCAAGAAGAGACUUUAAUGGCUACAGGUCUCCUCCACGUGGCUACCUUAGAGACUACCCGCCUCCAAGACUUGACCAUCCCACAUGGAGAGACAGAGACAGAGACAGAGAAGGAGGAGACCGUCUGCGUUACUCAAACCUUGAGUAUCCUCCUAGCAGAAGAUUAGCAUCUGACUGGGUCCCGGAACCUCACUAUGAGAGACGACCACCUCUCAGUCCACCUCGUGGUGGCGGAUGGGGACGACAUUCAAGAGAGAGGAGCAGAUCACCGCCAAUGAGAGGGCCUCCACCACCGCUAAGAGAUUACCGCCGUGAUAGUUACUUAGAGAGAGGAGGGAGAGAGGAUCAGCGUGGUGGCGACAGAGACAGGAUGAGAAACGGUUACUGAUACCAGAACAGUGUGUAUGUCUUGGGGAACAUGGUUUAGACAGUCAAAAAUUUUCCCUGAAAAUCAAAUCAAAGCGACCUUUGUAUUACACCUUAGAUUCUUUUGUGCUAAAUUUGAACGUUUAGCGAAGUUUUGUGCU